AUAUACAAGCAAGCAACCCGCGCUUCGCGACGGGUUGUUGCUGUCUAAAGUGCAUGGGAAAUAUUAUAGAAGUUGUAUCAGAUGUUUUGGUAUUGUAAAUAGAUUUUGUUGAAUGGGCAACACAUCAUGGUCAUACUGGUAAUGUUUAAAUAAUAGGCAAUAUUGUGGUAAUUUUUGUUGUGGUAAUACCGACAAUAUGCCUCUUGUCUUGCAAAAACUUUCGAGUUUUCUUAGCAAAAGAGAAAUGAUGACUUUGCUUACCCUACAUCAUGAGAUUUUUCACAGAGAUUGCAGAGUUUUGUUGGCUGCGAAGAUUAUUCAUGUGGGAAAGUUGAAGGAAGACGGAAGAUAAAAGGGCCCUGGAAUGCAAAUAGGUUUAGGAAUUGUCGAUCUUGACCUUGGUUAAUGACCUUGUUGGCAAUGUUAGAGCAAACCAAAGGAUAUAAUAGUACUUUCCUUUGCUGGCGGUAUUAACUUCGAUCAGAGGGAAAAAAAUAUUUUGGGCUCUGUUUUUGUGUUUGUGGACCAGGGAGGUUUCACAGAUUUGACUCAGGAGUAAUGGAAGAUAAUCGUAGAUUUAGCAUCUAUAUCCAUCAUGGUGGUUUUAUGUCUGAAGAAACUAAUGAGUAUAUUGGUGGUCAGGUUCACAUAUGGAUGAAUUUGAUGAUGAAUCAUUGGUCUCGAGAUUUUGUGCUAGAUCAUCUGGCAAAAGAUCUACAUGUAAACAUUAAAUUUGUUACUUUCAGCUUUCGCAGGGUAACUGGUUGUUUGUGUUGCUGUGUCUUUAAGGCCAGAACUGCUGCUGAUUUUAUGGAUUUAGGACUGCUUGGGUGUUUUGAUGGACAUAUUAACUUGUAUGUCUCGAGUUUCGGUAUUGGUGAUCGCGCUGUAAAGUUUGAGUUGCCUCAUGAUGGUGACCACCCAAGUUUAAUCGCCGUUGAUGCAAAAGUAUUGUGUCCUGCUACAAAUUAUUGUUUUCGGAAGAAGGAAGGUUAUCUUCCUAUUAUGUUUGGUGCUGACAUACUUUCCAAGCAUCCUAUGUCAAGCGUGCUUUCAUCAUCAGCAACUGCUACAGAUAGCAAGAAGAGAAAGACUGCACCCAUCAUCCCACCAUUGAUUGAGGAACAUGGAGCAUCUUCUUCAAGGACAGUCCGACGUUCAGCAAGAAUUGCUGCUCUACUUGCUGAUUCUGCAAAUCAUCCAGAUCGCAACUAUGAGGUUGUUAAAGUGAUGUUUCAUCUGCUGCAGUUGAAUUUGGAUGCUUGCAAAUGCUCACCCUGUUGUUUUAAAUCGAUGCUUUGUUGUGUAGCUUGUAGGCUCUGGUGGAUCAAGAAGUGUUUUCUUUUGUAGAAAGAAGAACGAAUAAGAGAGACUUUUGCAUUGAGUGACCAGCAGCUUGAUCUAACAUUUUGUGGACAAUUUACUUUGUGUGGAUGGCAGCGAUGACAUGCAUGUACUGAAAGUGAUAUUAGUUAUAUUGUUUUGGUGUAAUUUGCUUCAGUGAUGUCUGCUAUGCAAGGGUUUUACAUGGUGGCUUGCAUAGGUGAACAUCAUUGUCUUCCUUUUGUGUAGCUAGUCAUAACUAUGUAGAUUAUAACUUCCUUUGCUUUUGUAUGUAAACUUAUGUAGCAGCUUGCAUAGGUUAACUUGUU